GUAGCAUAAUACCCUUGCUUUGUACAUAUCUCAGUUUGCCUUCCUGUUUCUUGUCCUUUCCUUUCUUUUGUUAUCCCUAAGUGCUACUUUGAAAUAUCAUAUUCUUCAAAAGCUAUGACCUCAAUUUCUUCUUUUAAUGCAACGCAAAAGAUCCGACUUUGCAAAAAUAAAAUCUUGUGAGCACCAUAGGUUGUUCUCUUCGUAGUUCGUGCAGUUCUGUUUUGAUUACAGCAUUUGCCUGACGCGUUCAAAAAGAGUACAGAGGGUGUGUGUAUGGGUUUGAAAUAGAUUCAACUUGUAACCCAUUUGGUUUCUUUCCAUACCCCAAUCUUGUUCCAGCUUUUUAAAACUCUAUCUCUUUGAGAAGUCUCAUUCCAUGAUCGUGUAGUUUGUGCAGCGAAUAUGCAGAGUAAUGCAGUGAAUUAAUCGUUGAGGAUUUGAAACCGAAUUCUGACACAAAACCGUAUGCAUGAAAUAAAGAGGCGCGAUUCUGGAUUCAAGCAAUUCAAGCUCAUGGACUCGACAAUUUUACUUACGAGUCACAAGCGCUCUAAAAGUGAUCCUAUGGAAAGAAGAGUCAGGGAAGAUGAAUUAUGGGAUAACGGGACUGAAGGUUCUUGUCACACUAGCAUGCUUGUGGAAAGCAACGAAUCCAAGAAGAGGCAAUAUCAUAACAUCGAUCUUCAGAGUUCUUUGACUCGAGAGAUUCUAAUGCUUCAAAAACGAUUGCAUCAACAAUUUGUGGUGCGAAGUGCAUUAGAGAAAGCAUGUUACCUGCCUUCCUCACAAGAUGCUGCACUAGAAAACUCGAUGCCAAUGGCCACCAAGGAACUAAUUAAGGAAAUUGGCGUGUUAGAAUUAGAAGUAGUGUACUUGGAACAAUAUCUUCUCUCGCUGUAUCGGAAAAGAUUUGAUCAUCAAAUUUUGUCUCUAUCAGCCAAGGAAAGAAGAUUGGAAACAGAUUCGGACACCAAGAAAGGAAGUUCAUUAGUUAAUAGGAAAGGUACUAUCACUGGGAAAGAGAUUUCAGUUCCUUGCAAUAAUCUCCCGUCACCCAGAAAUUCAGUUGGCUUUCCACUUAAGGAAUGCAAGAAACAGUUAGAACCAGAAGCUGUUUUAGACUUAAGUAUUCAUCGAAGUCACUCCACCCUAUCUCAGCAAUCAGUUUGUUCCAUCGAAAUUUCUCAGGCCAAAGCUUUGGACACUUUCCAUUCUCUACCGUUGUCUAUGCUAGAGCAAGCUCAGAGUAAUAACUGCAGUUCAACCUCCCUCGCUGAGCAUCUAGGAAAUUGCUUUUCUGAUAUAAUUCCAGAGACACCAAACUGGCUUUCGGAGGAGAUGGUUAAGAGCAUAUCAGCUAUAUAUUGCGAACUUGCAGACCCUCCUUUCGUUGGUCAUGAUAAUGCUUCGUCCUUUAUUCCAUUCUCAUCAUCAGUGUAUGAGUUUUCUUCACAAUGCCAGGGAAACAAGCAGGCCUCUCGGAGGAAGAAGCACCGAACCUUCAAUUUAAACUUUAACAGCCGUUUCCGCAUCAAAGGAUCAAAAGAAUUUAGUGGACCUUAUUGCUCAAUGGUAAAGAUUCAGAGGCUAAGCAGGGAUAGUGAGAAAUUAAAAGAAGUCGAGUAUAUGCUACGGAGAUUUAGAUCACUUGUUUCUCGGUUGGAAGAUGUUAAUCUUAGAAACCUGGAGCAUGAAGAGAAGCUAGCUUUUUGGAUCAACGUGCACAACACCCUAGUGAUGCAUGCUCUAUUAGUUUAUGGAAUUUCAGCCAAUAAUGCCAAAAGAAUUUCUACAGUACUUAAGGCUGCAUAUAACAUUGGGGGUCAUAAUGUAAGCGUAGAACUUAUACAGAACUCCAUUCUGGGAUGCAGAAUGCCUCGUCCAGGACAAUGGCUGCAGAUUUUGUUUCCUUCAAAAGCAAAACUUAAGGUUAGAGAUGCAAGAAAAGCAUAUGCAAUACACCGCCCAGAACCUUUAUUGAUAUUUGCACUCAGUUCAGGAAGCCAUUCUGAUCCCGCGGUGCGUUUGUAUACAUCCAAGAGAGUCUUGGAGGAGCUUGAAUCUGCGAAAGAAGAGUACAUCCAGUCUACCAUCGCUGUGACCAAGGAACAGAAAAUACUCGUACCAAAGAUAGUUGAUUUCUAUGCAAAAAACACACGUCUUGGUGUUUCUAGUUUGAUGGAUAUGAUCAAGAAUUACCUUCCUGAUUCUCCAAGGAAAAUCAUUCAGGAGUUUCAAUCAAAGGCAAGCUGGAAAGGCGUUGAGCUGAUCCCUCAUAACUUCAGUUUCAAUUACUUGAUUUCGAAGGAGCUAGCUUGGUAAUCACAUGUCAUAGUAUAUAUUAGUAUUAGAGCUUGGAAUGACAGAUGAAUCUUAAUUCAGGCUAGUUAUGGAAAAAAAAAUAUCCCAAGUUCUUCCUUGGACAUGGUAAAGAAGACUUGAUGUUGAUGAAAGGAAUCAAGACCGGAGUUAUUUUUACAUGUCGAGUCUCUAAGCAUGACUGAAGUGAAACUGCUCAGCCUGGUAGCGAGCUCUCGUAUUGAUAUGUUUGGCCGGAGAUAACAGAGAAAAAGGGAAGGGAAAAUUGAAUUCAAUAUAUCUCUUGUUUAGGAAUUAUUUUUUAUAAUAAUAAGGAGAGGAUGAUGAAGAAUAUUUCCCUUACCUUUAAAAUCUUUCAAAAUCCUCCCUAUUUCUUCCAAUUUGAAAAGUUUUGGAAGAGAAAAUUAUCCCAAGCAAGGAGAAGGAAAAUAAGUAUCCCUCCCUUUCCUGUACUUCUUUUCUCUUACCCUUCAAGUCCUAAACAUAUCCAAAAUGUUUUGUGGCCGUAUAUGUGAACAGUGAAGCUUGUAAAUCAUCAGUCUUGCUUGAUUGGCAUACCUAUGACUAUGAUUCAAUUGUCAUUCCUAGUCUAUUUAAGAACAUUAUUGAAAAGUUUGUAAUGAUGCUUCCAGUUUUCUUUGCCUCCCAUCUUUUCCAAGUUUGAGGGAGUGCAUAAAAUUGUAAAUUGUUCCCUUUAAGUAAAUUUUGGAAGUCUCUGUAA